UCAAGAAUUAAAAUGGUAAUCUCGUUAUUCUUAUUUCCAUCAACACCUACCUUGUUCAUCAAUGCAAUGUCUAUUUUCAACCUGCUAGCUCUCAUUACUUCCGGUUACAUGGAAUUGAUAGGCAAAAACAAGCAGUACGCCAAGUUUUGUGAUAACGACGACACUGGUUCAAACAAGCCAAAAGCCAAGGAGAAGCUUAAGCUGCCUAGUAGAAUCGGGAUGCUUGUGUUCUAUACACCAUCAUUCCUCGUGGGUCUUGCCUCUUUUACCUUUUUUCCCCAUCAAGAUUGCCGAUUCCUUAUGGUUAUAUCUGUACUCACCAUUCAUUUCUUCAAGAGGAUCCUCGAGGUCCUAUUCGUUCACAAGUUUAGCGGAUCUAUGAUGCUUGACGCUGCCAUAACCAUCGGUUUAAGCUACACUUUGUCAAUUGCUACAAUGAUUUAUGCCCAAUAUUUAUCUCAAGAAUCCCCUGCUCAACCUGGUUUCGAUCUCAAAUACGUUGGACUUGGCAUGUUCUUGAUUGGAAUAACUGGAAACUUUUACCAUCAUUACAUUCUCUCAAGCGUAAGAAAGAAAGACGAUAGAGAGUAUAAGAUCCCAAAAGGAGGAUUGUUCGAUUUGGUUAUAUGCCCACACUAUAUGUUCGAAAUUGUGGAGUUUGUAGGAGUCUCAUGCAUUUGUCAGACGGGGUUUACGUUUUGUUUGACUCUAGGCACUGCGUUCCUGUUGAUGGGGCGAAGCUAUGCGACCAGAAAAUGGUACGUUUCAAAGUUUGGUGGAAGGUUUGGGAAGGAUGUCAAGGCUCUAAUCCCGUACUUAUUUUAGAUCCUUGUCGUUUGGUUGAUAAGGUUAACAAAUAAAUAUAUAAAUAAAUAAGAAAAGAAGAAGGGAUGCUAUAAUAAAGUAAUAACCCUUAUUUAAUUUCUAUGUUUUUUUUGUGAAAACAUAUAACGAUUACAACCGUAGAUCCUAUGAUAUAGGAUCUUAUCUACAUAUCCAACAUUCAAUAUUAGUCAAUCUUUUCUUAUCUA